AUGAACAAUUGUGGAAAAGUGGAUAAUAGCACGUUUUUGUUCCAACAGGGCUGCUACGAGGUGUUCGCUGAUUGGCUUUAUCAUCAUGUAGCUAUUAUGAAUUGGAUCUCUUUUGCUUUACUCAUUGCUGAAUUGGUAUCACUUGCAGUAGCUAUUCCACUGGCGAAGUCUGAUUCGUUCAAAAUGGGAGCUUCACAUACGCGGUUGGUGUGCUUUUGA